AUGGAUGACUGGCCUCCGCCGGUGCGGGAGACGGCGGCGCAGAGGGCACUGAGAUUGGACGAAGAGCGAGAGGCAAAGCGCGUGAACGACGAAAUCGAUUUGGCCUUGGAAGCAGAGCGGCUAGAGCGGCAGAAGAGAAAGGUGGAUGUCAAGAUCCUCUUGCUCGGCCAGGCAGAGUCAGGAAAGUCGACGAUCCUGCGCAACUUCCAGCUCCAAUUCACGCCGCAGGCCUUUCGCGCAGAAGCCGCGGCCUGGCGCGCAGUCAUCCAUCUCAAUCUCGUCCGCUCUGUGACGUUUAUCCUCAACCUCCUCUCCGACGCGCCCUCCUCCCCGACCACGCGCACGCGCGCAUAUGCGCCCUCGCGCCCCUCGCACGCCACUUCGCUCUCGCACUCGACCGGGCACGGGCAUCCCGACUUCCCCGUCGAGAUCAACGCGGGCGACUACGCGCACGCGCCGGCGCCGCUGGUACACAUGACCGACGAGCUCCGCCGCCUCUGCAUGCGCCUCUCACCGCUCCGCACGGUCGAGGCAGGCCUCGCGCAGUUCCUCUCUGCGGACUCCGAGUCGCACCCGCGGGCGGAGCCCGCCCACCGCGUGACCGAGCGGGCAUUCGAGGUGUCGGUCUGCCCUGGGUCGAAAUGGAAGGCCCUGUUUGGCCCCGCGCCGCAUCCGACCGCACUCGCGGACACGAGGACGAGUCAAAGAGCGCACCCGCCACAUUACGAGGAGCUGGAGGACGCGCGGCGCGUGAUUGAAGCGUGCAGGGAAGAUAUGGUGGCGCUGUGGCAGGACGAGACGGUCCAGGAGAGUUUGAAGAACCACAGCAUGGCUUUGGAGUUUCAGUCUGGAUUCUUUUUGGACGAGGUCGAUCGGAUUGCGGUGCCAGGAUACGAGCCUUCGCCCAGCGAUAUUCUCAAAGCACGGAUACAGACCAUGGGCGUGGAGGAGCAUAUACUGAAGAUGGAGACAGUGGCCGACAACGGGCAAACGUGGGGUAUCUAUGACGUCGGGGGCAGUCGGGGGCAACGAGCGGCGUGGAUACCCUACUUUGAUGACUUGAACCUAUUGCUGUUUCUCGCGCCGAUGUCCGCGUUCAACCAGGUGCUUGCGGAAGACCACUCUGUCAACCGACUCUGGGACUCGUUCUACAUUUGGAACACAAUAUGCUCGAGUCGGCUGCUGAACAACGUGACGUUCGUGCUGCUGCUGAACAAGCUGGACCUCUUGGACGCAAAACUCAAGGCGGGCAUCCAGUUCCGUCGGUUCGUGACGAGCUACAAGGACAAGCCGAACGAGACGGAUAGCGUUGUGGGAUACAUCAAGAGCAAGUUCUCGGCGAUCUACAAACAGCACUCUCCUCCAGGAAGGCUGCUUCGCGUGCACGUCACCUGCGCGACCGACUCAAAGGCGACGUCUAUCGUGUUGGAGAGAAGUGAGCAUUGUUUCCUGCUGGCUCCACAUUGA